AUGAUGAAAGAGACAUUGUUGCUAUACCAUGUGCCUGUCUCCCAGUCCAGGGUCAACGCGAUAGCACGCUGGGUAUUUUGUGUUGCUGCAGUAUUGUUGCUGUUAACUUGGAACUACGUUUCGUAUUAUGUUCAUUCAGAGUUGCCUUCAAAUGUUGGUUCGGAGAAAGAUGAUUUCAAGAAAUGUUCCAUCGACACUUAUCGCGCCACGGGCUUGAAGUUUCUCGACACCGCCGAAAGGCCGCCUGUCGAGGAGUAUGUUCUUCGAAGGAACAACCUUGCAAAAGCCCUCGCAGUAGAACGGAUCGAUGCAUUCGUUGUCGAGCCUGGCUACACGUUCAGCUACUACGCCAACAUCACUCAGCCUCAAUGGGAAGUUUGGGAGCCAGAGGAGCGCCCUUUCGUUAUGGUGAUUCGCCCCGAUAAGCUCUCAGAUGGGAGCAUUGUCGCAAACACCUCUUUCCUGGUUCCGCACUUUGAAGAGACCCGCGCUCGAUUGCUCAACAUGCCAUUCGAAGAAGACAUACACACUGUCACGUAUGAAGAGCACUGGAACUACUACACCACUCUUUACGAAUCGGCAAUCUGGGGUGAGACCCUUUCACCGGUUUUGAUGGUCGAUGAGGAGAUGCGCGACUACAUUCAGCGCGGAUUCGCAUCUAACGGGUUCACUGUUGUUGGUCUGGACGGGGAGGUCGAGGCUGUUCGCCAGAUCAAGACAGAGCGUGAGCUUGGCAUCCUGAGAGCUGUUAACACUGGUACGGUGGAAGCCAUACGAGCCAUGCGUCAAUGUCUUUACGUAGGUGUUACUGAAAACGAGGUCGCGGAGGUCCUCGACGACACGAUGAGAGCAGCGGGCAUGGAUCCAUUCUUUGAUAUUGUGGAGUUUGGAAAGAGUGCUGCACUACCUCACGGUGGCUACGAUGGCAGCAGGAAGCUCGAACCCGGCAUGUUUGUUCUCAUCGACGUGGGCGCGCAUCUGUACGGGUACAGCAGCGAUGUGUGUCGCACGUUCUACCCGCCGUUUGUCCCGAAUCCACCCCCCUCGAAGUACAACGUCACUGAGCAACUGCGCGUGUGGCAAGUCGUGCUUGAUGCGCAAGAUGCGGCAGUCAAGGCCAUGGUGCCGAACGGGACUGCUGCGGCAGUGGAUAUAGCUGCUCGAGAGGUGAUUGCGGCCGCUGGGUACGAGAAGGAAUUCACCCACCGCCUAGGUCACGGCAUUGGCAUCAAGGCACACGAGAGCCCGUACCUCAACAAGGGCAAUUUCGGAGCCAUACUACGUCCUGGGAUGGUUUUCACUGCGGAACCAGGAGUGUACGUGCUCAACGACUUCGGCGUCCGUCACGAGGACAUACUGGUAGUGAAAGAAAAUGGCGAGGCCGAAAACAUCAGCGGUGGGUUUGCUAGGAGCCCGUGGGAACCUUGA